AGGCGUGCGUAUGAAGAGACGAUGCAUCUUAGGGCAAAUAUGUAAAUUUAUAUUUUGCAAAGUACAUUAAUUUAAUGAAACAAGUAUGUCGACUUGGGCGUUUAAAGUUAUCCGACACGGAGGUGCUCUGGUCCGUGGAGCGAACCUUACAGUUUGCCGCACAGGAGUAGCGGUAGCGCAGGAUGGCGCUCCAGUUGUUCAGCUCGUCAGAACGUUGAAAAGUUCCACCUGGUGGGACGAGCAUCUGACGGAAGACAACGCUUCCUACAUGAAGAGGAGCAUCGCUAAAGAGUAUCAGAUGCAAACGGCGGCUAAACUGAACCCCUUGAAGGACGAGCCGUGGCCUCGUCUCGAAUGGGAGAAAGGGAGUCGCAGAGUUGGGCUGGUUGCCGUGAAACUGGGGAUGAUGCCGAUUUGGAAGAAGUCAGGAGAGAGACAUGUCGUGACCAUGCUGCAGGUGCAGGACUGUUGUGUGGUAAAACAUUUAUCUAAAGAGGAGUUUGACGGACAGUCGGCGGCUCUGAUUGUAGGAGGAAAAAACUGCUCUCCGUUUUAUAGGUCCGAAUUGUCUAUGGAGAUGUUCCGAGAUGCUGGAAUUCCUCCCAAACAGAAAGUGACGACAUUCCGUGUGACAGAGAACGCAAUCAUAAAACCAGGCACUCCUCUAUAUGCAGCUCAUUUUCGUCCCGGUCAGUAUGUGGACGUCACAGCAAAAACGAUUGGUAAAGGUUUUCAGGGUGUGAUGAAGCGCUGGGGGUUCAAAGGUCAACCAGCAUCUCACGGUCAAACCAAGACUCACAGGAGGCCGGGUUCACUAGGACCUGGAGGGGAUCCCGCCAAAGUUUUUAAGGGAAAGAAGAUGCCUGGCCAAAUGGGAAAUGUUUAUGACACAUCUUUUGGCUUAAAGGUUUGGAGAGUAAACACCAAACAUAAUAUUCUUUAUGUCCAUGGCUCUGUGCCUGGCCACCGCAACUGCCUGGUUAAGGUUAGAGACACCAUACUCCCAGAGCGUCUGGAGAAGAACCAGAACCCACCUUUCCCCACGUUCUUCAUCGACGGAGAGGAGGAACUCCCGGAGGACUUGUAUGACGAGGAUAUGUUCCAGUUUGGAGAGUCUUCCCUCUAGUGAAAACGAACUGAAUUAUGGUCAGAUGUCACCAAAGCGUCCUCGCCCGAUCUCGGCGAAAACAAACACACAGAAACACCCACCCAGAGUGACAUAAGGGACAGACAGUUCAGUGCAGUUUGUCCACUGUAAACACGCCUGCAUUCACUGGACUGUUUGUCUUCCAGACCAUAUAUGACCAUGCUGUCUCUAGUGUC